UAUACAGACCCGACUUGACCUCGUAGCUGUUGUCAAUGCCCUCGACGCGACCUGGAUAAGCAUCAAUGGAGGGUUUUUGGUAAAGCUCAUCGCUCAGUUCUGAUUUCUGUAUUCAUUCAUUCAACCAUAGAGCAAGGAUCGGAUUCAACAAUGACAUUUUGACAGUGUCACUACGACCUGAGAAUUUGUAGCCUGCUUUUUACGUAUCGCCUGCCGGUAGCGGUACCGGUACGACGACUUCACGUCGAGGGUAGGCCCCCUGUUCAAUCCACUUCUGCUGCGCUGCAGUCACUGGCAAUGGGCAACAUAGACGUUCUGGACGAGGGGCGUCCGUCCCAAGAAAACAAAAAAGAGCAUGAUGGCAACCAGGGGACAUUCAACAUCGGCAAGAUGGAGCCUGGGACGUCCUUCAUGAAGGAGGGAUGGUUCUACGACGUCUGGGAUGGACAGGCGUACUGCCACCAAAUUGAAAAUGUCCUGUUCAGAAAAACCACCAAGUAUCAAGAGGUGCUGAUUUUCGAAAGUAAAAGCAGCGGGAAGCUUCUGGUGUUGGACGGAGACGUGCAGUGUGCGGAGAAGGAUGAGUUUGGCUAUCAGGAGAUGAUUGCUCACGUACCUGUAGCCUGCCACCCCAAUCCUAAGAAUGUGCUCAUAGUUGGCGGGGGCGAUGGGGGCGUCAUACGUGAGCUGGACAAGCAUUCCGACAUAGAGACAAUCACUCUAUGUGAAAUAGAUGAGGAGGUGAUCAGUGCGUGCAAGGAGUUUAUGCCCUCCAUGGCGGUGGGCUUCAGCUGCAAGAGGCUAAAGCUGCACAUCGGCGACGGCUUUGAGUUCGUCAAGGAGCGCAGGCAAGCCUUCGACAUCAUCAUAAACGACAUUCCAGACAGGACGCCCUGUAACGACCUGACGGACAGCAUCUACUCGAAGGAUUACUAUGAACUGGUCAAGGCGGCCCUGAAACCCAACGGAAUAUUCAUGUCGCAACAGCCUUCAGUGUGGGGCAACCUGGAGUGCGCUCGGUCUGUCAUGGAGAUGUCCGGUGACUACUUCAGUGUGGUGGACUACAACAUGUGUAUGAUCCCAUCCUUUCCCGACAUGCAGGGUUUUGUUAUGUGUAGCCUCAACCAGAAUACCAACUUCAGAGAGCCAUUGAGGAGUCUAGACGGUUUGGAUCUGAAAUACUACAAUUCCGCUGUUCAUCGUGCCUCAUUUGCUGUCCCAGAAUUUGCAAGGAAGAAACUUCAAAAGGUGUACAAGCUCUAGCAGAGGCAUCACCCCUUAACAUCUACCUGAACGGGGAAACCUUGCGAUGUUUUAUGGUGACUGACUUUUUCAAUCAAGAUUGUGAAUAAUUUAUAUUGUAUCAAUAUCCUGGUCAGUUUAGGAAAUGUCAGUAUUCAUGUUCAAGGAGCUGGUAAUCAGGAAUUCGCUUAAUAACUUAAUGUGGUUAGCAGGAAACCAGUCACCAGCACCGUGGGCUCCGUACGCCAACAAGAGAGGGCGCUUUUCUUACCACUUUCGAUAGCCCCGUGGAUGGCACACACUGCAUGUGCGUACUGGUGUUUGCGAGCGUGUAUUGCGUGGAGUAUGAUACGCACGACUAAGUUUAUUCUAAAUGUGCACAGAGCCCUGGCCGUCUUCACGUGAGCAGCAGGCAUCGUUGGCAGUGCGUUCAAUGUCUCUCCAAGUGGUCUCCCCUAACUCUCCCUUUCUCAACGUUGAGGGGGUACUUGUGCACGGAGCCCAUGUCUAAUUUUGAUCCUAAAUAACUUUGUUGUUCACCAAUGGAAUUAAACCACAAUUUUAGAUCAAGUCACGGCAAAUUUUAAGAAGCAAGGUUUAUCGGCUUUGUGCUAUAGGGUGAGAUUUAAACGUCAUACGAAAAACACUCACUUUCAGAAUCUGCCACUUUCGACUUUGCGUUCUCCAAUGUCGGUACAGCGCUGGAGACGGCGGCCGAAGGCGCGUGCUGCAGCCAAAAAAUUUCUGAAGGAAUGCAGGAUCACCCCUGAUGUCAUUGCAUACCUCCUCAAUUGUUUGGUGCAACACACGAUCGAGGAGGUGUGCAAUGACAUCAGGGGUGAUCCUGCAUUCCUUCAGAAGCUUUCGGCCACAGCAUGUGCCUUCCCCCCACCGUCUCCAGCGCUGUAACAACAUUCCGAAAGUGAGGAUUCUUUUCGCAUGUCAUUAAAUCUCACCCUGUUGCACAAAGCUGAUGAAAGUCGCUCCGUAAAAUUUGUCAUUCCUUGUUAACAUGAUCUGAAAUUUUAGUUUAAUUCCAUUGCUAAACAACAGAGUUGUUUAUGAUCAAAAGAAGGACAUGUUUUGGGUUUUUUUAACAUGUAGUAUAUCCGACGUUGUGGCUGGUACUCUUGUUUUGGCUAAGGGAAUAGUGACUAUGCUAAGCUGUUCCUUGUCGAAUCCCCAACAAAUUCAUGUUGAAUCUCUAGUUUACAUCUGGAGAACGAGAACAUUCAUCUUGAAAAGAAGGCCCACUUCGAAAGAGUGACAUUUGUCGUGAAAAAUGCAUUCUGCAGCACAAACUUAAUGUGGCAAAUCACAUGAAGACGUGCAAUUUCUAUGAAAUAUAUUUUGUACAUGGUAUACACUGAAGGUCACUUAUGGUAAGAUCUUAAAAAAAAAAAA